AUGCCUGAAGAGAAUGAAUGCAGGAUGUUGCCAGAGGAGUCCAGAGAAUUCCCGAGAAGCAUGACCGGACGCAUCAGUCGGCUGACCCUGGAGGAGCUGAACGAAGAAAGAGGCUUUGACCCGACGCCACCGCCCAGAAUGGAAGACUUAAGGUUUCAUAGCAGAACGGAUGAGCUAAUGCAACCGAUCAGAGAAGUAGAGUUCAUGCAAUCAUUCCGACUGAUGAGUAAGCGUCCCAGCUCACCCCUGGACAACGCCAUACCCACCAUCAACGUGGACCAGAUCCAACCUCUGAUCAACUUCUGGAGGACUGUGCAGACCGCAGGCUUCAGCGAGCACGAGGUUUGCACACACAUGUCACAGCUGUUCAUGGAUAUUAUCAUGAACUUCUCUGAUAAAAUCCUCAGUGGUGUGGGGAAAAUCAUCGCCCGGGAACAGCUUUCGUCAAGUGAUGCUUUGCUCUCGGAAGAUGCCGUGAAAGACGCCCUGAGCGCUGUCCUCCGAACCAGCUUCAAGACCAGUUCUGCUGAUGAGUAUUAUGCACUUGAGAAGGCCCAUGAGCAGAUAAGUGCUGAGGUGACUGACACUGUCAACUCGGUUCUGAGUCGUGUGGGAUCUCCUGGAAGCAAACUGACAGUAGACAAAGAACAAGGCUACACCCCAUCCAGAUACAAGCUCCUCAGCAUCGUCUCCAAUGCCCAGAAGUUCAUGCAAUGCUGUUGGCCAUGCAGGACAAAGAUCUCAGGUGAGGAGAAGCCGGUGGACAAAGAGCUACAAGAGAGGGCCAAACGUCUCAAAGUCAGAAAUGAACUCAGACGGAACGGGCUGGGAGUGGCCGAAUCUGUGGAGACUGCAAACCUGUCUCAGAACGGUGCCUCUGGGAUUUCGAGUUUUGUUCCAGAGAUCAAACCCAGAUCCGACUCUGCAACCAAUGAGACACAAGAAACACAAGUGGAGAGUCUCCCUACAGAAACUGAGCAGGAGACAACCAAACAGACCACUCACAGCUCUAGUGCGUACUCGGAGGAGAGCAGUCAGAGUUCAUCUGAGGAGGAUUCCAAUAUGAAAGAGCUCCUGGAUGAAGCAGCAGUAACAGCUGCCCGAUCUUCCAGCCUGAACAAAGAUGAGGCUGAGGUUCUUGUAAGCAGACUGAGUGAUAAGAGUGAAGCGGAUGGAGUGUCUAUCUACUCCAUGAUGUUGGACGAGAUGGAUGAAAUCCGAUACAGAAACUCUCUGGACUCUGAUGAGCGUAAAGUAAGCACUGAUAUAGAAACAAUGGAGGAAGAGGCAGCCUGUCAUUUGGAGAAGUUGAUGUCCUUGCCUGAUGACAUCCAAGAGGCCAGUUUCUAUGAGAAAUUGUCCCAGGACAUCUCCAAUGGACAACACAAGGAUGUGAAUGAGGCACUUCAACAGGUCAUUGUGCAGAAUAUGAGCCCCAGAAACUCUAUUGGAGCCUGGAAAUUUGGCAGAAAGGUCACAAGAUCAGUGCUCGAAUUCCUGAAGUCCGUAAAGGAGUGGGUUGAUAAACAGAGGGAUCAGGAACCAAAGACGGGUAAAGUCAGAAAUACUUAUCAAAAACUGCGAAAUGCCGUCCUCUGUAUGUCCAUGGACCCCCAGACCCACUAUACAGGCACACGCUAUACCCCUCCCCAACCAACAACUGCAGCAGAUGUUCAUUUCGAGUGGGACACAUAUCACAUCAGAUUCUUGGCUUAUGAAGUAACAAGGCACGCCCUCCAGACAAAAAGUCUGACCAAUGUGGCCCCAUUUGUAAAGUUGUGGCAGCGGCUGGAGGAAAAUUUGACACAAUGGAACGUGAAGGUGAGGCCUGAUGCUGAGAACAUCCUGGAUGUGGCGGAGGAUGUGUACAAAGACCUGUGCUCGGGGUCCAAAAAACACUGGGUUUCAUUCAACUGCCUGAUCGAUGAGAACUACAUCGACACCAUCAUAGACACAAUCCGCUAUAAUCUGGAGAUACCCCAGAAGAAGAGCCGCAUCAGCUCCUUCUUCCAAUCAGGCCAGGGGUUGGGAGCAGAGGUGAGUGAACUGGGCACGCUGGGAUUUUCGGCUCUUCCUUCAGCACAGAUCAGUGAUGAAGAGGUCAACGCCUUAAUUAGACCUCACACGUGUGUUUACAGUGCCAUGAUUCCGAGGUCAGGAAUUCUAUGA